AUGGGUAAAGUAAUUAAAACUAGCCGUCCUGAACAAAUCGAUUGGAUAAUGCUUUCACAAUCAUCAAUGGAAGAAACCUUAUUUUCUAGAACUGUAGUUUUGGAUGAGAUUCAGGAUAUGUAUGAAGAACGUCUUCGAUAUGAGCGAGACGACGAAAUACCGUCAUAUUUUACAGAUCAACCUUUGGAAUCUGGUAUUACCAGACGUAGACGAGAUCGUCAACAAAAUUUACGAAUUAAUGAAGCUACCAGAAAUGAACAUCAAUUAUCACAAUUGAUUCGUGAAGAAAAAAAUAUUCAACGUCUGAAAAUUGAACGACAAAAUAUCUUAGAAAAUAUUGAAAAUCUGCGAGAACCUAUUUGUCCAGCGAAUGCUGAAUUUAUUGCUAAAUUUCGACUGAAUCAUGAACAUGAAAGAAAAUUGGUAGAUAUGGACAUGGUUAAAAAACAAAUUGAAUGUACACUUUGUCAGGAAGAUUUAAAACUCAAUGAUUCAUAUGCAAUUUGGCCAUGUCCUGGAGCUCAUUUGUUUCAUUAUGAUUGUAUGUUGAAAUCAUUAAGAAUGAGAAAUACAUGUCCAAAUUGUAGACACGAAGUUGAAGGUGUUCUACCUGCAUCAAUGCAAGCGGUGUUGCAUAGAUUUUUGUCAAGAUUAUUCACGUAA